AGAAAAAAAAAAGGAGGAGGAGGAGGGUGAGAGAGAAGCUCGGAGAGCAGAGAAAAGGGGCCACCGAGCGCCCCCCCGCCUCCCCGCACGCACUCUCUAGCCGUGGCCGCCCGCCUGCCUCGGUUACCCCGGCCUCUCCCUCGGUCCCCUGUGAUUGGAUCUAGGCGCUGAGCGAGGCCCUUCCAGGGCGGCCAUGCGGCGGUGACAGAAGCUCGGCCGAGACGCACGGGCCCCUCGCCCUCUCACCUCCUGCCCGCUAAUCGGCUCGCCUCAGCCCGAGGCCGCUUCACCGCGGCCGCAGCUCACGCACGGCCCACACUCGCUUCUCUUCGGCACCCCCGAUCCCGGCGCUGCCUGGAGGCGGCUGCACUCGGGAAUCAUGGCCCAAGUAGCAAUGUCUACCCUGCCAGUGGAAGAUGAGGAGUCGUCAGAGAGCAGGAUGGUGGUGACGUUCCUCAUGUCUGCUCUCGAGUCCAUGUGUAAAGAACUGGCCAAGUCCAAGGCAGAAGUGGCCUGCAUCGCAGUGUAUGAAACAGACGUGUUUGUCGUCGGAACUGAGAGAGGACGUGCUUUUGUUAACACCAGGAAGGAUUUUCAGAAAGAUUUUGUGAAAUACUGUGUUGAAGAAGAAGAAAAGGCUGCAGAGAUGCAUAAAAUGAAAUCUACAACUCAGGCGAAUCGGAUGAGUGUAGAUGCUGUAGAGAUUGAAACACUCAGAAAAACAGUUGAGGACUAUUUCUGCUUUUGCUAUGGGAAAGCUUUAGGCAAAUCAACAGUGGUGCCUGUUCCAUAUGAGAAGAUUCUGCGAGACCAGUCGGCUGUGGUAGUGCAGGGCCUUCCAGAAGGAGUUGCCUUUAAACACCCCGAGAACUAUGAUCUUGCAACUUUGAAGUGGAUUUUGGAGAACAAAGCAGGGAUUUCAUUCGUCAUUAAGAGACCUUUCCUAGAGCCAAAGAAGCACCUAGGUGGUCGUGUGAUGGUAACAGAUCCUGAAAGGUCAAUGCUAUCUCCAGGUGGAAGUUGUGGCUCCGUCAAGGUGAAGACGGAACCCACAGAAGAUUCUGGUAUUUCCUUGGAAAUGGCAGCUGUGACAGUAAAGGAAGAAUCAGAAGAUCCCGAUUACUAUCAAUAUAACAUUCAAGCAGGCCCUUCUGAAACUGGUGAUGUUGAUGACAAAGUCCCCCUUUCGAAGUCUUUGCAAGGAAGCCAUCAUUCUUCAGAGAGCAAUGAAGGAACAGAAAUGGAAGUACCAGCAGAAGAUUCUACUCAACAUGUCCCUUCAGAAACAAGUGAGGACCCCGAAGUUGAGGUGACUAUUGAAGAUGACGAUUAUUCUCCACCUACUAAGAGACCAAAGAGCAACGAGCCACCCCAGCCGCCAGUCACGGAACCUGCCAAUGCCGGAAAACGGAAAGUGAGGGAGUUCAACUUCGAGAAAUGGAAUGCUCGAAUUACUGAUCUACGUAAACAAGUUGAAGAGUUGUUUGAAAGAAAAUAUGCUCAAGCUAUAAAAGCCAAAGGUCCUGUGACGAUCCCAUACCCUCUUUUCCAGUCACAUGUUGAAGAUCUUUAUGUAGAAGGACUUCCAGAAGGAAUUCCUUUCAGGAGGCCAUCUACCUACGGAAUUCCUCGCCUUGAGAGGAUAUUACUUGCCAAGGAAAGGAUUCGUUUUGUGAUUAAGAAACAUGAACUUCUAAAUUCAACACGUGAAGACUUACAGCUUGAUAAACCAGCAUCAGGAGUAAAGGAAGAGUGGUAUGCCAGAAUCACUAAAUUACGAAAGAUGGUAGAUCAGCUUUUCUGCAAAAAAUUUGCUGAAGCCUUGGGGAGCACCGAAGCCAAGGCCGUGCCGUACCAGAAAUUCGAGGCACAUCCGAAUGAUCUGUACGUGGAAGGACUCCCAGAAAACAUUCCUUUUAGAAGCCCCUCGUGGUACGGAAUCCCGAGGCUGGAAAAAAUCAUUCAAGUGGGCAAUCGAAUUAAAUUUGUUAUUAAAAGACCAGAACUUCUGACUCACAGUACUACUGAAGUUACUCAGCCAAGAACGAAUACUCCAGUCAAAGAAGAUUGGAAUGUCAGAAUCACCAAGCUCCGGAAGCAAGUGGAGGAGAUUUUUAAUUUGAAGUUUGCUCAAGCUCUGGGACUCACAGAGGCAGUAAAAGUACCAUACCCUGUGUUUGAAUCAAAUCCCGAGUUCCUUUAUGUUGAAGGCUUGCCAGAAGGAAUUCCCUUUCGAAGCCCUACCUGGUUUGGAAUUCCACGACUUGAAAGGAUUGUCCGUGGCAGUAAUAAAAUCAAGUUUGUUGUUAAAAAACCUGAACUGGUUAUUUCCUACUUGCCUCCUGGAAUGGCUAGUAAAAUAAACACUAAAGCCUUGCAGUCCCCAAAAAGACCACGAAGCCCUGGGAGUAAUUCCAAAGUUCCUGAAAUUGAGGUCACUGUGGAAGGCACUAAUAACAACAGCCCUCAGACCUCAGCUGUGCGAACCCCUACCCAGACUAAUGGUUCUAAUGUUCCCUUUAAGCCUCGAGGGAGAGAGUUUUCCUUUGAGGCUUGGAAUGCCAAAAUCACAGACCUAAAACAAAAAGUUGAAAAUCUUUUCAAUGAAAAAUGUGGUGAAGCUCUCGGCCUUAAACAAGCUGUGAAAGUGCCAUUUGCAUUAUUCGAGUCUUUCCCGGAAGACUUUUACGUGGAAGGCUUACCUGAGGGCGUGCCGUUCCGACGACCAUCUACUUUUGGCAUUCCAAGGCUGGAGAAGAUACUCAGAAACAAAGCCAAAAUUAAGUUCAUUAUUAAAAAGCCUGAAAUGUUUGAGACAGCAAUUAAGGAGAGCACCUCCUCUUCUAAGAGCCCUCCAAGUAAGUGUUCUUGCUACAGAAAACAUGCUGUUAAAAAUUUAUUUUGCAACAGUGGUUAAAAAAUUGUUUAAAGA